UCGUUAAAAUAAAACCAAAAUUUGGCUGAAUUGAAUGACCAGUUGCUCUGGCCUACACAGAGAACAUCUCUCUUAGGUGGUUCCCAUGAAAUCAGGGGCCAUAAUUUGUCAUGAUUAAUGUGACAACAAAUGCUUUCGAUUGGAUUGAAAAUGUCUGCAAUUUACCCUCUAUAUAAAUAACAUGCCCCAUUACAUAACAAUCCGACCUUACACAAAAUCGCUCAUGACAGAUAACGGCUCUGAGCCGCCAUGAUCAAUGCUUGAAUCUGUUUUAAGCCUUCCAGACCUGAAAUCCUUCAUAUUUGCCCAUAUUCAACAACACCCACAAAAGAAAAACACCUAUUCAACCACACCUCAUGAAAGGUAACAAGCUCUGAACCGCCAUGAUCAAAGCUUGAAUCUGUUAGGUCUUCCAGAGCUGAAAUCCUGAACAUUUGCCCAUAUUCAACAACACCCACAAAAGAAAAACCCCUAAAUCCCCAAGCUUUUGAGUUCAAAUGGAUCCAGGAAUGAUGGGCAUGCCCGAGCAGAACAGUGGGAUGGGAAAAAUGGACAUGACAAUGGCUUUCUACUGGGGAAGAAGAGUGGAUCUCAUGUUCCCUGGAUGGUCUACUCACACAGUAGCCCAAUAUGUGCUCUCACUGGCUGCCCUCUUUGCUCUGGCCCUGUUCCAUCAAGCCCUCACUCAUGUCAGGACUCUGGUUUUUGAUCCUGAGCAUGGAGGAAACAGCAGGAAGAAUUUGGGCUCAAAAAGUUUGGGCACUAGUAUUGCUGAGACGGUGGCCUUUGCACUUAAUGCCGCGACUGGUUAUAUUCUCAUGUUGGCUGUGAUGUCAUAUAAUGUUGGAGUUUUUUUGGUUGUUUUAGCAGGGCUUUCUGUGGGUUUCUUCUUCUUUCGGUCUUGGAGGAGAUCUGGUCAUGCUGCUGAGAUUUCUCAACAGUCUGCUCAUCAGACUGCGGGAGCGGCGGCUUCCUGAUGAAAUCUUCUUUUCUGGGGAUGCACAGAUGGGCUUGAGAUUCGAACCUGGGACCUUCGAGUUUUGUAUUGGGUCAUGGGAUGCUUUGUGGGCUGUGCCUUUGUUAUCAGGUUGGAGUUCCAACCGUUUAUAGUCUGUAAUAUGUAUUUCUGUCAUUAGGCAGUUAUGGGAAUAAAUUUUCAGUAAUGAAAGCAGAAUUUCGCAAUUCAUAUAAAUAUUAUAAAUAUUUUUA